UGUCGUUCAACGAUUAUUAAUCUUCGUCUCGUUUAUUUCUUCUCCGAUUUAAGCUAUUCGGCCGGAGAAGGGUUCAUUACUCUCUGGGAUUUAUCUAUGGAGACUGAAUUUGAAUCAAGGUAUGAGAUUGAUCGGACGGCGGAGUUCAUAAUCAGCAAAAGCUUCACCAGAAUAGCUUUACAGUUUCCAGAUGAGUUGUUAAAGGAUUCAACAAGGGUCGUGAGUGCACUUAAGAACAAAACUCGUUUUCUUACUGAAGAUGACAGAGAAGUUAGAUUCUUUGUUAUGGCGGACACAACUUAUGGUAGUUGCUGCGUUGAUGAAGUUGCAGCUUUGCAUAUUGAUUCUGAUUGUGUUGUCCAUUACGGACAAACAUGUCUAAGCCCGACAUCUGUUCUUCCAGCAUUCUUCGUUUUCGGGAAAGCUUCGAUAAAUGUCUCGAGCUGCGUAAAGCAUUUGCUAGAUUACGCGUCUAAGAGCGAUAAGCCUAUAAUGAUUCUUUAUGGACUAGAAUACGCUCAUGUGAUUCCUUGUAUUCGAGAACUAGGAUUAUCCAAGUUGAAGUUCUCUGUAGCCAAUGUCUUGUGUUCAUUCAUUAGCCCAUCCAAAGAUCCUCGGGAAUCAAUGGAGCAUCCAGGACCAUCUAGUGAUAACUUAUCCUCAUCUAGAAACUAUAGACUAGGAGGGUUAACAUGGGACUUACCGCAAGGAAACAAAAUCGAGGACUAUUUACUUUUCUGGAUCGGUUCUGACUCUUCAGCUUUUGCCAAUGUUGUACUGACCUUCAAUGGUUGUGAUGUAGUCAGAUAUGAUGCAGAAGAAGAUUCUUUGGAGACAGAAUUCACUCAACAGAGAAAGAUACUUAAACGAAGAUAUUACUUGGUGGAAAAAGCCAAGGACGCGAAUAUUAUAGGUAUUUUGGUGGGGACUCUUGGUGUUGCUGGUUACCUUCACAUGAUUCACCAUAUGCAAGCACUCAUAUCAGCGGCUGGAAAAAAAUCGUACAUUCUUGCCAUGGGGCGGCCUAACCCGGCUAAACUAGCAAACUUCCCUGAGUGUGAUGUUUUCAUUUACAUCUCAUGCGCCCAAACCGCUCUUUUAGAUAGCAAAGAGUUCAUGGCCCCUGUCAUAACUCCAUUUGAAGCCAAUCUUGCUUUUAGCAGAGGGAGUGAAUGGACAGGUGCAUACCUAAUGCAUUUCCAAGAUGUGAUUAACUCUUCAAAACCAGAACCGGAAGCACAUAGCGGAUCGGAGGAGCCACGGUUUUCCUUCUUUCAGGGUGGCUAUGUAGAAGAGCAAGAUACAAACGAUGAAGCUAAGAAUGGUGAGGAAGACACAGAAGAGACAAUGGCGUUAGUACGUGCUGCAGAGAGAGCAUUGCAAUUAAGAGGCAAAGAUCAUAACUCGCUCACUAAACAAACCGCUGCAAAAUCAGGACCUGAGUACUUCCUCAACCGCGCUUAUCGUGGUCUGGAGAUAAACAGCGACAAUACGUCGCCUGAGCCUUUCAUAGUUGGGAGAAGUGGCAAGGCGUCAGGAUACAAGCACGAGUAACAACUCCAGGAAGUUCACUUGGUGACAAAGUUACAUUCCUGUGCCUUGAUCAAGCCUGACUGAACAAUUUUGAGUUUUAUUGGAAUCAAAUUUUGAAACAAAUCAGUGUCUAUGUUUUUUUUUUUUGUAAGCUAUCAUCUCAAAUUCUUAUGCUCCUUAGCUUAGAGCUACGAAUUCGUUUGAAUUGAGUAGUUAAAUUGUGCAUGAGGAUGUUAAAACGGUACAGAAGAACUUGGUUUUGUACAAGAGCUGCUUCCUGAAA